CACUGUUACACUUGAUAGCACAAUGGGUUGUAGUGAUACUUCCCUCUGACAGAGCUCUGACUGUGGUUAUGAAAAAUGGCUAUUCCAACUAUGAAUAUUUUCAGGCAUUCUAAUUGAGGACUUAAGAAUGGAACACCGACCCCGAACAUUAUAAACAUUAUAUUACUCUAAAAAACUGAUAUUGUUGAGUGAAGAAAGGGGAGAUAACAAUAAUGGAAGAAGAAACAGCUGCCAUGUUAUUGAACUAUCUUGAAUCCUGGGGUUCUAACUAUGACUGGAAGGCUGUUUUUUGUAUGACCUUCCUUGUAAUUACUUUUGAGCUACUCCUCCUGGAACUUUGUAGGAUUUGUCAUAAAAAGCUUGCAGAAAGAAAGAUCCAGAAAGAGAGCAGCUCAGAUUCUUUGGAGGAGGAAGAAAAUACUUUUCUGAAAAACUUUGGAUAUGAAGAUUGGCCACGUACUCAGUUACCUCCAAAAAGAAGGCUUGCAUCUUUAUCAAGGAGUCAACUUCUGUCUUCCCUUGACUCCCAGAAUACAGAAUACAUCAUUAAUGAGAUGCUUUCAACUUCAUAUGAAACAUGGUCUGGUAAUAGUGAUAAUGAAAGCCAAUUAAGUUGGCCUAGUGGCAGUGGAAGCUGGCUGUCAUUUUCAAGUGAGGCUAUUUCAUCUUCUUCAUUUUUAAAUUCAGUACACAGGAAGCGCCCUUCUAACCAGAAAAGAUUUUCUCAUCUUAUGUUUGAAACACCACCAUUCUCAUCAAGAAAAUUAUUACCAAUAAGGAAAAUGCAUGUAAAUAAAAAUAAGAAUGUACGGUUUUCUUCUGAUCAUAACUUUUUGAGAAAAUCCAAAGUGACAUUAGAAAAUGAUGAUCUAGAUCUGACACCAUGCCCUUCAGCUCAUUUAUAUCUUCCCAGAAAUCAAAUCAGGCUUCUAGAAGAGAAUUUGAGAAAUCAAAUCCCUUCAAAAUCUCAGCCUGUGGUAAAGAUUAAAACUACUUAUCAAAGCUCAAACUUUGCAAAAUUGAAUCAAGCUCCACCAUACCCAUCAGAAGAAACUUCUUGGAAAAGAGAGAAAAUGCCCCAAGAGUCAUUAUUUCACUACCAAGGUGAUAUUGGGCCCAGUGUUUUCUUCCAUCCUCAAACUGAAGUUUCAGUCCAGACUGAAGCCCCAGGCCAGGCCCAUGAUUGUAAUCAGGCUCAAAACAGUAUUAAUAUCAAAACAUCUAUAAAAGUUCAAGAUUUAUCCAAGUUCCCAAAUGCUUAUUUGGGGAAACCGUUCACUACUAACUUUUUAGAUGAAAGUCCACCAAUUUUAUCUCUGAGAAAAGACAAAACAAUAAAUCCACAUAUAUUAAAUAUCAUGGAGAACAUAAAUAUUUUAAAUCAAGAGGAAGAACAGAAAAAAAGUUCGAUAUUGCCUAGUACUUGUAUACCUAUUUCAGCUCAAACAAGGCAUAAAAGUGGAAUUUGUUCAACAGAUUUGAGAAAUACAAUAGGUCCCAGAGUUGUGAGUAUCAAGGCAAGGAAAAAAUCAUAUUCACAGCUACUUAAUAUUCCAGGCUAUGGUACAUUAGCCAGUAGAAAAAAACUGGAAUGGCACAUUGCAAAAUCAGAAAGCACUUGUGAAAUGAAUACAUGGAAUGCCUUACCAGAUUCAGUUCUGAAAGCUCUACAAGGUUCUGUGCCCAACUCAUCUUUUGAUGAUCAUAGAAUAAGGACAAAUACAGAUAAGCCAAGAGACACAAGAAUUAAGUUUUUUCCACAGGUACAGAGCAAAAAGUUACCACAGAAAAUAUCUUAUGCACAGCCACUUGAGAAGAUACCUCGAUCAGUGGAAAAUAAAGGUGAGUUUAGAAAAUCAACAGAUACCUCUAGAUGUAUUUCAAAAGACUCAGAUAUCAAAAAGCAGAAAAAUAAACACUAUGGCAUGAUCAGAACAGGAUUAACUGUGAACAACAAAGAAAAGGGUUGCCUAUCAUAUUCAAAUAAGACAGACUUUCUUGCUCUAAAGCAAGAAACCCAGCAACCCAAAUGUGUACAUCAAACUGCUUUGAAUUCUGAUUCUUUCCCCAAGAAGUUUUCAUUUCAACCUGAGUAUGCAAAUGAAAUAAAUGAUGCUAUUUACCCAGAGAGUUUUAAAAUGUCAAAUUCACUGGGAAAGAAUAUAACAAAUAAAACUGACAUGCCUGAAUAUGAAUGUUCCAGAACUGGAAAAAGGCUUAAAUUGUUUAAUUCAAGGCAGAAGACCCUGCAGCCAAGAGUAGUAUUAAAAUCUUUUCUCUGUUCUAUUUUUGCUCCUGUAAAGUCCCCACUUCAACGUGAAAAACAGGAGAAAAAAGAAUAUUUUGAAGAAGACAUGAAUAGAAUAAUGCAAGAUCAAUCUCAAGGAGCAGAGGCAUCAUUAAUUGAAGUCAAAUGUGAACCUCUCUUUGAUUCAGAAAAGAUUGCUAAUCUCCAAACUGCACCCUACCAAGAAGACAAAUCACUAAUUAAGACACAAUUACUGGUGGAGAGUGAUAGCCCAAGAGAUUCCAUGACCCAAGGAAAUGAUGCAAAUCAGCAAGAAUGGUUUACUACAAAGCUUGAGGGGCAGCCUGAUAAAAAAUGUUCACCGAUAACUAUUUCAAAAUCUGGGAGUGCCAUUAAUCCCGGUGUACCUUCACUUGAACAAACACCAACAGAAAUCUCAGAAGACUCAAAAACACCAGUAUGUCUUCUAAGUAGUGAAGAAAUCAAAAGAUCUCUUGAGAACCACAUGAAAGCAACAAAUAUUUUACAUUCUAUCUACUCCACUGUUCCUAAUCCCUCUCAAAUUAAAAUCAAAUAUGUAAAAAUAAUGGAAGACAAAAACAAUUCAGUAUGUAUACCUAUAAUUUGUGAAGAAAUCAAACCAUCUGAGUCAAAAGUAGAAAGUGGAGUUGAUUCAAAAUUUAGCAAUGCCCCCAUGACCAGUCCAAAUACGACAAAAAAGCAAAUAGUGGCAGACUUUAAAAAUACAAUUCCUUCUCCAGAAAUAAAAAAGUCUGAUUCUUGUGAAGUGAGUGAAAUUGAUACAAGUCUAACAAAGUCAGAUGCAACUAGUAUAGAAAUACUAUCAGAUGUUAAUUCAGUGUGUUGUGCUUCAGGUCGUGAAGAAAUCAAAUUACCUCCUGAGACUCAGAUAAAAACUGAAGACUUUUCAGAAUCAAACAUUACCUCUAUUCCUUGUCCAUGCUCAGCUGUAACAGUCCAAUCAGUGGAAGACAUAAAAGAGACAGUGACUUCUUCGGUUUGUGAAGAAAUUCAAAAGCCUCCUGAUGACACUUCACAGUCUAGUGAUGUAUGUUUUUACAAUUCACCUCCAGCUGAACCAAAUUCUUUAAAUUAUGAAGAAAAAAUUAAAAAAUCCCCUCGACCGCACAAAGCAAAAAAAGAUGUUUUGGAAUCUAUAUUUACUUGUGCACCCAACAAAAGUUCUAGGAAAACGAAAACUGUACAGGUAAUAGCGGACAUGAGCAAUUUAGUGUGUUCUUCAGUUGGUGAAGAAAUGCAAAAGUCUUUCGAGAGUUCCACUAUUUCAGAAUCUUCAGACAUGUCUAUUUCCUUUCCUCCUGAAGCUAAAAGGAAAUCAGUGCAAACACUAGAAGAUGUGAAGAAAUCAGUAUGUUCUCCAAUUUGUGAUGAAAUCAUAAAGUCCUUAGAGUCUCAUAUCACGGAAGCUGUUUCAAAUUCCAUAGAUGCCUCCACACGUAGUCCAUGCUCCAUUAAAAAGAAAUCAGUAGAAGUAGUAUUGGAUUUGAAAAAAUCAUUGCUUUCUCUUUCAAUUCCUGUAGAAAGCAAAAGGUCCCUUGAGUCUUACAUAAAAACUGGAGGUGUUACAGAAUCUAGAGGCACCUCCAUCCCUGUUCCAUUUCAAAAGAGAAUAUCACAAUUAGCAUCAGACAUGAAAAAUCCAUCAUUUCCUCCUUCAGUCUGUGGAGAAAUGCUAAAUUCCCUAGGCACUCACAUAAAAAUUCCUCCUGAGAGGAACUGGGAAAUUGACAGAAAAAGAGAGAAGUUUCCACAGGAAGAAACAUUUCAAGAGAAAAAGGGUCAAGAACACGUUGUAGCAGAUAUAAAAAAAGAAAUGCAGGCUUCCACAUAUCUUAAUGGGAGAAAGAAAGGCCAACGCAUUGUAAUACCUGGGAACUUCAAAUCACAAUCGUGCUCCAUUUCUGUUCUUGAUAGGCUCACUGCUAAUGAAAAAACAAAACUUAUUUUUCAUUUCCAAAAAAAGAGACUAGAGUUGAAACAGGGAAGGAUCCAUACAAUAGCCAUUGAAUCUUACCAAAAAUUACCUUCUCUCAUCAAACCAUGUAUUUCAAAAGACGCUCACAGUGAUAGGCGAGUAUUUCCAAGAUGUAGAAAAUUAAAAUUUAUGCUCCAGGAAGAAAUUGAUUCCAUAGAGAUGAACUUAAAACACAAAUACUUGAUGUUUCUUCUUGGACUCCCUAUUAAUAGUCGAAGAUCAUUAAAAGAAAUCAUCCCAAAGGUUGUAACUCCAAUCCCUGAAAUGAUAUACCAGAAAUGUACAACUAAAUAUAUUGAAAAAAAUGUGAUAGUAAUUAAAAAAGAAGUUAGGGAGAAAUUAGAAUCACACAUUCGUGAAAAACAAAAACGUCGUUUUUCAAAUUCGGUUAUGAGUUCUUUUCCCCAAAGCUUCUUCCCCAGUCCUCCCAAAAACAUAUAUGGUCCUGAAGAAGAAAGUUCUGUGAAAAGAGUCAUCUGUUCACUUUUCAUUGAGGGUGAAACAAAGAGGAGUUUACCCUGUUAUUUGAGAAAAGUGACAGCUGAGCAGAAGGAUGUCAUUCCCUCAAAAUUAAUGAAAUGUGAGAAUACAACAAAAGAAUUAUGCCCUGUCAGCAGUAUGAAAGCAGUGAUUGUUAACAAAUUAAACGUCACAAAUUACAUCAAUGAGAACAUUAAACAAGCUGUGGAGGUCAAUAUGCAGUUAAGGUUAAACCAAAAGUCUUCACAUACACCUGCUGAACCUAAGGGACGAUUGUUUCCUCUAGUUUUCCAGAGAUUCACAGUCAAUGAUUUAAGAAAGUUUGUUACACAUUUUUUAGUUAAAACAUUGGAGAUCAAAAUGAACAUGAUUCCUGGAGUAGUGGAAGAAUCCAUUAAAAUGGUAGAUAAUGAGGUCCAAAUAAAACCUCGAUUAGAAUCAGUUUAUUAUACUAACAAAGUCAAAAAGCCAAGGAGCACAAAAUUGCCAUUCAUGGACCCCAAAUCUCUUCAUCAAAUAAUUCUUAAUUUACAACACAAAUGUCUUAUGACUCUCUUGGGGCUUCCUGUUGAGACACAGUCCCCAAAGCUGACUAUGCCACCCAAGUAUCUGCCCAGACCUAAGCUUAAUAAAAACCGUACAACUGUACACAAGGUUGGAAACCAAGUUUGUUUUUCCAUUGACAUGGAGAAAUUAGAACAACAUAUCUCUUUCAAAAAGCAGAACCCCUAUAAAAUUCCUCCAUCAAUAUUAAAAUUAUUAAAGUCAUUUUUACUAUCUGUUUGUCCUUCUGAAUACAUUCCUAAGGCAAUGGAUGACAGAACAAUUUUGGGGAAAACCCCUUCUCUGAAUAGUUCCAGCAUUAUCUUUGAUUCUCAAUGUUUAACACAAAAAAACAGAGAUGAUCUUUCUUUGAGAAAACGCCAUAAAUCUCUAAGAAAAGAGAAAUUCAACAAUCAUUUAAAAGUAUCUCCAAAGUUGAGUAAAACUGUCCCUGAUCCUCCAAAAGAUGCACCAACAAAUAUUGACAAUUCUGAAGAUUCAAAAGUAUCUUGCUUUCAGAAAGUGGAAAUUUGUCCUGAGCCAGAGAAAAAUACACGUAAAUCACCUCCCACACCUAAGAAGGUAGAAUUUGUUACUGCUCAGACAAACACUGACAUAGUAUUUGACUUCCAUAAGACAUUACCUCAGAAGACUGAAAAUGCUCCUGAUUUCUUUGAAAUCCACAGUGACCAUUCAACAUCAUCUGAGAUUUGUGACAUCUUUGAAACUAAGAAGGGAGUUAAAGCAAAAGCUGAGAGCCAUAGUUUAAAAGCCUUGCCUCAGAAGACUGAAGUUGCCUCACCUCAGAAGACUGAAGUUGCCUCACCUCAGAAGACUGAAGUUGCCUCAUCUCAGAAGACUGACGUUAACCUUCAACGUCAGGAAAAUGUCCAAAAACCUGUCCAAUUAAAGAAGUCUCCUCCUCCCCCCAAGAAAAGAGUAGAAGUGGAAAAGCCUUCCCAGAAAUCUGUCAAAUUAAAAAAAUCUCCACCUCCCCCCAAGAAAAAAGCAGAAAUAGAAAUGCCUUUCCAGACACCAAAUGUGAUCUUCAGGACCUUUAAAAAAUCCUGGGAAAAUGUACCUUUAUCAGAUGGUGGUCCUUUAAGGCAGGAUCAGAAGGAAAUGUGUUUUGACAUUCCAUUUAAAUUAGAGGAAUUUAUUUCUUUGGAAAAACGCAGCAAGACAAACCAAAUCAGCACCAAAACAAAGCCAGUUUACCAAAAAGGAGAUUUAUUUCCCCAAAAUAUCCAAGUUUCUGAAAGAUACAACUCGCUCAUAACGUCAUCUUACAAUAAAGCUCAUCAAUAUAGAAAAAAGAAAUUGCACCCUAAAAUUAAUUCUCCUUACUGGAUGUCUAAUAGUUCAUUAGAAAGUCAAUCCAUGCCAUAUUCAUUACCCAGAGAAGACAGGCUUUCAAGGAAAACACGGAAUCAUACAAGCUGUCCUUUGGCUUCCCGAACUGACCCAAGCAUCAAACUAAAACUUGAAGCAAAUGAUGGGAAAAUAAUUCUGAGUGUAGAAAAUAAAGAUGGAAAGAAGCCCAAUGUUGAUCUGUCCAAAGAGAACACUAUGAAACCUGACCAUUCUUACAAUUUUACAGAAAGUCAAGAGAAACAGAAAAAGCAAGAAGUAUAUGACUCUGGUUUUAAAAGUCCAGGGCGGCAUUUCUUAAAUAAACCUAAAUCAAUUUUAAAACAGCAAGAGAUUGACUAUUUUCAUUUUAGGAGAAAAAACACUCAACCUUUUUUUUAUGCCUGCACACCAGCAGAUACUCCAGGGAAUACAUCCAAGACCAUUCGCUGGAAUAUCCCUAAAAAUACUUCUGGACAGAGUAAGUUUAGAAUUCCCUUGGUAGCAAAGUUUUCAAAUCCAGAGAAAAUAUGGAAUUCAUCAAAGAAGUUUUUGGAGUCAGUUUCAGAAUCCUUUAACUUAUGCCCGGUCCAUCAAAAAUGAUGCAAAUCAGAUCUAGAUCUCUCAUUGAUGAGAAGUAAAUGCUGUCAAAUUGUGAAGUAAUAAAACCAAGUAAAAUCCCA